GCUCAUAUAAAGCCUCGAGCUUCUCCUCGCGAGAUACUCCGUGCUUAUGCUCGGGGCCGGGGUCGGAGGUCAGGGUGAACGUCUGGCGGCCAGAAGGAAGAAGAUGGCGGUAGAGUCGCGCGUUACCCAGGAGGAAAUUAAGAAGGAGCCAGAGAAGCCAAUCGACCGCGAGAAGACAUGUCCGCUGCUGCUGCGGGUCUUCACCACCAAUAACGGCCGCCACCACCGCAUGGAUGAGUUCUCCCGCGGCAACGUCCCCUCCAGCGAGCUGCAGAUCUACACCUGGAUGGAUGCAACCUUGAAAGAACUAACUAGUUUAGUGAAAGAAGUCUACCCAGAAGCUAGAAAGAAGGGUACACACUUCAAUUUUGCAAUUGUUUUUAUGGAUCUUAAAAGACCUGGCUAUCGAGUUAAGGAGAUUGGCAGCACCAUGUCUGGCAGAAAGGGGACGGAUGAUUCCAUGACUCUGCAGUCACAGAAGUUCCAAAUAGGUGAUUACCUGGACAUUGCCAUUACCCCACCCAAUCGGGCACCACCUCCUUCAGGGCGUAUGAGACCGUAUUAAAUUUUUUUUGCUCGAAUUUAUUUUUCAUCCAGAUAUGUAAAAUAAAUUUAUGCUUUUUUCCUCCCCUGAUUUUUGCCAUUAAGCCUUUAAAUUCUAAGCAAAUUGUAAUGCAUCUAUUUAGGAGUUAGAUUUGGUGUGCCAUGAUAUGAAUAGUAGAAAGUCUGUGUUUAAGCUCUUCUGUAAAAUAUUAAGUGCUCUUAGCAUUCCAUGAAAAACUGUACUGUUAAAUUAUGUGUGCAAUCAGCCUAAGUGUGAGAGUUCAUGGAAGCACGGGAACAGAGUUUCAGCUCACUCUGGGGGUUUAUACUAAGUAGAGGAUAUUUUAAGCCCCAGAAGGGCAGAACAAGAAAGCCACAGGACUAUAUGAAAAUCGAGCACAAAUUUAAGGUACAGAGUUAGAAAAAAAGACCUGUGAGAAUGAGGCAGCAGAGGUUUUUUUGGUUUGUUUUUGUUUGUGCUUGUGAUCAAACCCAGGGUUUCAUGGCAUUACUAGCAGUUGCUUCACCACUGAGCUAUAUAUAGCCCCAGCAAAGGCUUUUUUGAAACAGUAUGUGCCAAGGCAGGUUUGAGAAGCUGCUCAGUUGGAAGAGUGGUCUGCCUUGAGCAGGGUGCAGGGACACAUGGUUAGAAAAAAGAACAGUACUUCAGUGAGGCCUCUGGCUUUUACAAAUGAUCAGGGGCCUUUUAAAGGCAGGAA